AUGGGCAUCCUCUGCUUCGGCGCCUCCUCCACCCUUCUCUGCGGCGAGGACAGCAACAGCGUCCUCGGCCUGGGCGGCUGCGGCGGCGGCGGCGACGGCGAGGUGGCGGGGGCGGGCGGCGGCCUGGGCUUCCUGGACGUCGGCGCCGUCUUCCCGGUGGACAGCGACGAGGUCAUGCGGGCGCUGGUGGAGAAGGAGAUGGAUCAUCGGCCCAAGGGCGGCUACGUGGAGCGGCUGGGGCACGGGGGAUUCGAGUCCUCCUGGAGGAAGGACGCCAUGGAUUGGAUUUGCAAGGUCCAUUCCUACUACAAUUUUGGACCACUGACCCUCUGCCUCUCGGUGAACUACAUGGAUAGGUUCCUCUCCUCGUUUGAUCUCCCACAUGACAAGUCUUGGAUGCAACAGUUGAUGUCAGUUGCCUGCCUAUCUCUUGCUGUCAAGAUGGAGGAGACCGUGGCCCCUCUUCCUGUGGACCUUCAGGUUUGCGAUGAGUACUAUGCGUUUGAACCAAGGAACAUCAAGAGGAUGGAGCUCAUUGUGAUGGAGACCCUGAAAUGGAGGAUGCACUCUGUGACCCCAUUCUCUUUCCUGUGCUACUUCUUGGACAAGUUCAAUGAAGGAAAGCCACCGAGUUACAUGCUGGUGUCACGGUGUGCCGAGCUCAUAGUCGCCACUGUGAAAGACUAUAGAUUCUUAUCAUUCAGACCUUCUGAGAUCGCUGCCGCAGUGGUUUUAUGGGGGCUUGUUGAGAAUCAGGUCAUCGGCUUCAGCAGUGCCCUUGCAGCAUCUGAAAUCCCUGUUAAUAAGGAGAUGAUUGCGGGAUGCUACGCGCUGUUGGUGAAGAAGAGAGGUAACUUCAACGCGAGCCUUUCAGCGCCGCUGAGCCCGAUCGGGGUGCUGGAUGUGCCAUGCUUCAGCUUCAGGAAUGAUGACACAGCACCAGGGUCAUCACCCUCGAACAACAACAGUAGCAGCAACGAUCAGGCCUCCACUCCAGCUUCCAAGAGGAGAAGGCUAAGCGCAUCGCCGAUCUGA